AUGGUUAAGAAGAGCUCAGAAAAAUGGCGAAUGUGUGCAUAUUUCACAGAUCUGAACAAAGACCACCCGAAGGAUUCCUACCCGCUGCCGAACAUUGACAGGCUAGUAGACAACACCUCUGGAUAUCAAGUGCUGAGUUUCAUGGAUGCCUACUCUGGAUACAAUCAGAUACUAAUGCACCCAGACGAUGAGGAUAAGACAGCGUUUGUAACCGAUGAAGAAAGGGAAAUUUCUCGGAUUUAUGCUCACAAACAGAGGCAUAGAAGCCAAUCCCAACAAAUGCCAAGCCAUAAUGAACAUGCAGUCCCUGAAGACAGUCAAGGAAGUACAACGUCUCACAGGUUGCUUAGCCGCCCUAUCCAGAUUCUUACCAGUUGCAGGCACCAGAUCUAUCGUUUCUUCAAAAUCAUGAAGAAGUCAGACAAGUUUGUUUGGACAGAAGAUUGCAAAAAGGCCUUUUCUGAAUUCAAAUAUAUCCUGGCAUCAUCGCCUAUACUUAAGAAACCGGAACAAGGUAAACCACUUUUUAUAUCCCUUUCAAUUUCCGCUAACACUAUCACUUCCGUGCUUGUAACAGAAGCAGGGAAUGAGCAACACCCGGUGUACUUUGUAAGCAAGGUCUUACAAAAUGCCGAGAAAAGAUACCCGAUGAUAGAAAAGUUGGCAUUCGAUCUAGUCAUCAUUGCUCAACGGUUGAGGCACUACUUUCAAACACACCCAAUUAUAGUUCGAACCGGUCAUCCCCUACGACCUAGCAGGUCGAUAGAGCUCUCUGAGUUCGACAUAUCAUAUCAGACACAGGGAUCACCUAAAGCCCAAGCAUUGGCCGACUUCAUCUCGGAAUUCACGAUUAAAGAGGAGACAAUCAAAACAUGGGAAUUAUACGUGGAUAGAGCAUCAAACGAAAAUGGAUGUGGAGCAGGAAUCCUCCUGAAAGACGAUACUGGAGUCCAGGCCGAGCAGUCAAUAAAGUUUCUUUUCAAAACGACCAAUAACCAGGCAGAGUAUGAAGCUCUCUUAGCCGGCUUAAGGUUAGCCAAGGAAGUAGAGAUCUCCAGCUUAAAAGUACACUGUGACUCUCUCCUUGUAGUACAACAGGAAAAAGACUGGCGAAGACCAUUUAUUCCCUACAUAAAAAGUGGAGAAACACUGGAGGGAGAAAGCCCGAGGAUAUUCAGAUACAAAGCAAACCAUUAUACCCUAUUGGGGGAGGACCUAUACAGACAAGGUGUUUCUAGGCCUCUGCUGAAGUGCGUUGGUCAAGCAGAAGCGGAGGCUGCCAUGGAAGAAGUACAUAACGGGAUAUGCACUGCUCAUCCACAACCCGGCCAAGCUACUACAUACCUCAGAUGUAAGUUGGCUAUUUCACAAAUGGGGGAUGGACAUACUCGGACCGUUCCCAAUUUCAACAGAUUCGGUUUACCCAGAGAGAUCGUAUCUGAUAAUGAUAGACAAUUCACGGAUAAGAAAAUUGCUUCAUAUUUAACCGACCUGCAUAUCAAACAUCGUUUUUCCUCUGUCGAACACCCACAAACUAAUGGGCUCACGGAGGCUGCUAACAAGGUUAUCUUGCAGGCCUUAAAAAAGAAAUUAACAAAUGCUAAAGGACACUGGGCCGAGCUUAUACCAGAGGUGCUGUGGAGCUAUAACACAACACCCCAAACCACAACAAACGAAAGACCAUUCCGACUAGUCUACGGCGCAGACUGUAUGAUACCUAUUAAGAUCAGCCAGGGAUCCACUCGAACCGAAUACUUCGACGAGCAAGAUAACUCGGAAGCCAGAGCGGCCAAACUUGAUCUGAUAAAUGAAGACCGAAGCCUAACUGAGCUAAGGCAAAAAGCCAUGCAGGCAACAAUGCAAAAGCAAUACAAUAAAAAGAUGCGACCAAGAACCUUAAAAGAAGGGGACUUUGUAUUAAGGCAAAUGGAAGAAGUUUAG